GAACGUCGCAAAAGCAGGGGCAUGGCGACGCCAACAGUCAGUGUAUUCAUUUCAUUACAUUGCCGUGCAGCUAUAUGCCUUUGCAGCUGGCCGCUGCUCUCAAGGGGGAAACUGAACCGGGAUGAGUUGAAAAGUGUGGACUCCGGCUCACGCUGGGAUCUGUUGGGAAAGAGGAAGUCGGGAGGUGGAACAUCUGGACUUCAUUUGCGUGCCCCAGAGUGGGGGAAAGGUCCAGAAAUAGGCUUAAGAGCUGUUUGCCAUAUUAAUUACUGUCCACAAAUCCGCCUCGUCGUUGUACGUCUACAGUGAGACUCGCGGCUCAUUAUUGGGCAUGUGACGUUUUCAUACCGUGCCUCCCGUGUGUGGGUGUGAGUUUGUGUGUCUGUGUGAGCGCGUAUUGUGUGCUCGCCUCCCUAACGCUCACACAGCCCCGCGGAGCUGUUGUUCCCAGAGAGCGGGGGGACAAUCCAGACGGACUGGUGGAUUAGAGGCUGGUGGACAAAGGAGAAAGUGCGAUCUCCACUUUCAUUCAUUCCUCCCCGCAGUUCGGAAUCGUUUCGGGCGAUCUCUGCACGGUUUUCCGAGAUGGCGCACAGAUCUGUAUGGAUUUACCACUGACGAGACGAGACACGCCGCCCAGCCUCCUCCGAAAGUUUUUCGUGUGUCAUCGCUGCUUCGCGACCCCAGGGGCAGAGGAGAGCGCCGGACUUUGAUGCAGCAUUUGUGGACGCUGGUGACCACAUGUGAGGACGUUCGGAGACGCGUAUUUGCCGGAGCUCUCCACCGUAUCUCUCAUGGGGUGACCCACAUAGAGCUCCUGAGACGUGACUGUGGGACAGGCAGUCUACCUCCAAGCCUGGGCCCUCUUCCUUUGCCCUAAAGGCAAUGAUUAUCAGCAUAGACACUGGGCACAACUCCGCUGUGUGAAUGAAUCUUUGCCGUAAAGCCGCUGUGCUCUGCCACCCCGUCACCAUGAAGAGCAAGUAUUCCCAGUACUACAAUCAGAGUCUGAUCCACUCAUACUAUGCAUUUGCAAAGAACAUGACCGCCCAGGAGCUGGAAAAGCACACUCAGAAUAAAAAACAUCUCACCACCCUCAACAUUGUCAUCGUGGUCCUCUGCACCAUCAUCAUCCUGGAGAAUCUGCUGGUCCUCAUUGCUGUCUGCCGCAACAAGAAGUUCCACUCCGCCAUGUUUUUCUUCAUUGGAAACCUGGCGUUCUCUGACCUGCUGGCAGGCUCGGCCUACAUAGCCAACAUUUUUCUGUCAGGGUCAAGGACUUUUGGGCUGGUGCCUGUGCAGUGGUUCAUCCGCGAGGGCACAGCGUUUAUCGCUCUGGCAGCUUCAGUUUUUAGUUUGCUGGCGAUAGCUAUAGAGCGCUAUAUAGCUAUCACAAAGGUCAAGGUGUACGGCUCCACCAAAACGUGCCGCAUGUUCCUCCUAAUAGGAGCUUGUUGGGUCACCUCCAUCCUGCUCGGAGGACUUCCCAUCAUUGGCUGGAACUGCAUUAACAACCUCCCUGAAUGCUCAGCCGUAUUGCCACUCUAUUCUAAGAAAUACAUCGUCUUUGUUGUCACCAUUUUCAGCAUCAUACUACUCUCUAUUGUCAUCCUCUAUGUGAAGAUCUAUUUGAUUGUACGCUCCAGCCACCAGGAAGCAACCAACUCACAGGCCUACGCCCUUUUGAAAACAGUCACUAUAGUGCUGGGUGUCUUCAUCAUGUGCUGGCUGCCGGCUUUUAUCAUCCUCCUCCUAGACUCAGCCUGCGGCAUACAAUUCUGCAGUAUCCUCUCCAAAGCAGAAAUCUUUUUUGGCUUUGCCACUCUGAACUCAGCUCUCAACCCAGUGAUCUACACGCUGCGCAGCAAGGACAUGAGAAAGGAGUUCCUGCGAGUGUUGUGCUGCUGGGGGGUGCUGCAAAGCGGGCGGCCCGCUGACCGUUGUCUGGUCCCUCUAAAGAGCUCCAGCUCUCUGGAACACUGCACGAACAAACACGAACACCAGACCACUCCCAUCAUGCAAGAUUGUACCACCUGUGUCUAAUAUGGUGCAAACACAUCAGACUGCUCAUGUGUGUGUAUGUGUGCGUGUGUGAGUGUGAGCGUUAGUGAGAGAGAGAGCAUGUGUGAGUAUGAGAUCAAGUAGAGAGGCUGUGAUGAGACAGAGAGAUGUUGGACUGAGAUGCCUGGCGAGGCUGGGACACAGCGGUCUGUAGAAACAUAUUCUACAAUGCAGACUUUUUCCUUACGGUCAAACUUGUGUGAAUUCACAAGCAGCUGUCAAUCAAUUCACCCAUGUAGUGGGUGUCAAAUCACAAUGCUUCAAGAGGGAACUAACCUAAAAAGUGAGAACUUUCAGAAAUGUGAAAAAAGCUUUUUCAUGGGUACUCCCAUUAGUUAAUAUGGGGUGGCAAACCAUUUUAAUGUAUAAGCCUGUCAUCUUGUUUUUAUUUUUUCUUUCUAAACAUGUAAACCCCUAUUAAAAGCCAAAAAUGGAAACAUAGCAUGCAUGAUAUCGUAGAUAUGGUGAGUUGUUUUAGGACGCUCAAGAACUGCAUCAAUGCAAAGCUUGCAUAGUUGCACUUUGUAGAUUAUUCCAGUGAUUGUUGUCCUUUGGGGUUUAACCACAUUUCUGUCCUUCAUUGAUAUAUGUAUACAUUAGGCCUACAGAUUCAUUCUUUACAGAACCGACAGCAGUGAUGAGCUUCACUCAGCGCUGCACUCCACAGAAGCCAUACUACCAACAAAACCAGGGCUAUAUAUUCCCUAUAUAACCUUGCUUAAACCAUCUGAUAAACUACAACAAAUUUACAUAAUCUGCUUACAUUUACUGCAUGAAAUUCUAACUCGUUUGUAAGCACUAAUGUGUAUGAUAUAUUCCAGCUCCAGCUUCCAUCACUAACACCCCUUCCCUCAUUUGUCCUCAUAAUCUGUCCCUCAUGCUUUUACUGUUGUCUUUUGUAUCUUAACAGUUUCCGUCGAGGAAGGCCGAAUCAGAAAGCACAUUUCCUGAAGUGAGUUGGCACUGAUACAUUUUACUCAUUGACAGCUGUCCAGCAGCUUUGACUAAUGGGACCAAUGUCCUGACAGUGUUGUAGCAACGUAGCAGCAAUGUGCUGUCUCUGUUUGUGCCUUCCUCUUGGGGAAUUAGGCUGAAUGUAUGUAUGAAGUGUUUGGGGCAGGCGCUCCAUUAUUGACAGUAUUAUUGAUCAUUAUUUUGAAUUACCGAGUCACUGACGAUCAGAGAGUGGGAUGAACAGGGUAGGUCACUCUCACUGUGAAGUCUUAAAUAGCACCAUGAACAAGAAUUUGUUGUGAACAACUUGGU